UGAUAGGCGACCUCCACGCAGCCCUUGCCUUCCUCAAGACGGCCGAGACCGUGGAGGGAGAGGCGGAAGAGCUCCUCGCUUUGAUGCGCAGACGCUUGGCAGAACGGCAGCCACAGCCGCGACCCACAGCAUCUCCUUCCAUUGAACGUUCACGGCCGUCGUCUGGCGGCCUUGCACACGGAUGGAACGGCCUUGAGGCAAGGCUGGAACAAAAAGGGAGGAGUAAGAGCGACAGGCUACGGUCUGUGUCGCCUCCUGUGAGGUCGCGGAGCGGGGAAGGCAACCUUGACAAAAAUGCUGACAAGGAGACUCGGGAGCCGACAUCAGGUAAGAGUUUAGAUAGACCCUGGCAGAUCUCCUUCACGCCUACACAACAGACAGACAAAGAAAUGGAUCUUGAUCAAGGGGCAUAUGUCAUGUGAAUUCAUUGACUUGUUUGGCUUCUGUGCGAUGAAUUGCAGCCUUGAUCAGCCGCUCUGUGACUCAACUUGGACUGGGUUCGGUGCUCUCUGGUCUUAACAGACACGGAGAGGCACUUACCCACGCACAACAGGUAAAGGCAAGACAAUUGUCAAUCCUUCAGACAGAAGAAAUGUAACACAUCGCUUCCUGCAGGCAGUGGAUCUCGCCGAGCAAGCAGCUAAGACGCUGUGGGGCACCGCAUCACAGCCACACGCAGAUACAAAAGGUCUCCGAGUGCCGCUGCCUGCUGCGCCGCGCAAGUCGUUCCAAGAAGCAAGAGAAGGGCACGGCGGUCGCCCACCAACUGACCCUGGAUGGGUCCUGGCUGCCUCAUAUCACAACCUGGCAGUCGAGCAAGAGGCCAUGGUAUACACUGACGUGUCGAAGGAGACACUAUCGAUGCUUGUGUCCUUGGUGCAGGGUCACCCGUCGCAAGCGUUGUGCAGCUUUCGCUCUGCAUUGGAGGUCGUGUCAAAGGCGAUGCAUCAAGAUGACACAAAAGCCAUGGACCUCAAGAGAAGGUGCCAAGGUGCGCAAACAUGUGACGCCUACGGAGGAAGGCUUGUUCGCACACUUGUGUGUCUCAGCCGCCAUUGACCGAUUGCUGAAAGCGCGAGAGGAAGCACUCGAUAAGAAGACGCAGAAGAUCGAGCGCCAGUUCUCUGAGAUGCAGCGGACGGACCGCUGGAACAACAGGCGCCAAGGCACCUUUAUCGAUCCCGCAGCAAUCCGUCAUCGCGACCAAGAAGGCCCUGUCAGAUGCGCCACAAGCCCCCACCUCCCCUACGAGCCGCAAGGGACACGCCAUGGGGGCGAAAACGCCCUUUCGCCACACCAACAGUCCGACCAGCCUGAACACGUUGGUGAGAGCUGCUGGGCGAGGUCCAAGACACCAGGCGAGCGAAGGGGAUCGUUCGGGACGUCGCGUCUUCUGGAAUCAGCGUCCACGUGGCAUAUCGUAUCAUCGGCUGUCCGUGAGAUGGGUACGGGGGUGAGGUGUCAGCUGUGGGUGGAGGAGGGGCAUGAAGGAGGCGUCACAGUGCACCUUCUCGCAUUGGCCUCAGGUAAAAGAAAGGAACAAAAACCGCGCAGACUCUCCCCUCCCCCCAUUAUGCUUUCAGGUCGCCACUGGCAGGUCCAAUCGCUGAAGGCUCGUUGAGACGCAUGAUGGACAAAUGGACGUCAAGGACAGAGGUCGGAACAACAACGCUGAUUGACCCUCCGAAACUUGAUUGUGACUGCCUCCAUCUCCUUCCAGCCUUCAGCAGUGUCCAGACAGGCUUUUUUGCGAGACCUACUCCACGACAUCCGAGUGGACAGAGAGGACGACGUCGAUGAGCUCCUCGGCAAGCCAAGCCACGACGAUUCAUCCGAUGCCAUAUUCAUCGCAAGACAGAAGAGGACAAUUGUUCGUGGGAUCAGCAAACUCCCGAGCGAAGUGAGAGAGACGAGGCCACCCAGCAGUGCACCGAGACAGGAUGGCCAUCAGGCUCCGCAUUUCGGUGGCCUCGAUAGCUCGGCGGAGUGGCAUGCAGACCGCGUCUCUGUGCGGCAGCCAGCAGAGGGAACAGUUGCCAGGGGGAGCCGGGCGGGGUCGGUUGCAAUGCAUGUACCUCACGGCUUUGUCAUCUCGGUGUGCGGAGAAGGGGCGAGACGUCGAUCGGAUGAUCGUCGGUCAUCGGAUAAUGACGUGUCGAUAUACGUCGAUGGAUGGGAAACGGGAGAGGCGAUGAGGACUCCCCGAAGGCAAUGAGGCCGUGGUUGGAGGACUCGUUUCUUUCCACUCAAUUAUCAUAUUUUUACGUUGAGGGGCAAUGAGGGCCUUGAGCGAAUCUGAGAACAUUGACACAGCAAUCAGCGCAGAGGAGCGAGCACUGACAAAUGAAUAAGGUCCAUGUCUCCAUGUGCACUGCAACCUCCAGCCCUCACGGCGCAUACCCAGCCAGCUGUACACGGCCACAACCAGCUCGAAACAUGCAGAGCAAGUAUACAGCACGUCCCAACAGACAUCCCUCCCUCCCUCUUAAUCUACGUAGCAAUUCUGAGCUUGCCGCUGGCACCGAGAUGAGUGCUGAUUUGCCCCCCUCCCCCGCUGGGCUGGGCAGCCACAGCAGUCGUCGCGUACGCGUAGUCUUGCAGCUUCUGCGUGAAUGCUGGCUUCAGCUCUCUCUCGGUGCCGUCCAGUAUCUUUGACGCCAUAUUCUUCUUCAUCACCUCCAGAGACUUGGUCAGCAUCUCAGCAAACUCCUGCAUGAUGUCGUGAGGACAUCAGCCGGGCGCGUCUCCGUGUCUGUCUGCCUGCCUGUCUGUCUGUCUGUCUGUUCUCUCUUUUCGUCCGUACAUGUGCCAUUUCAUCCAUGCGCUUCUUGAGUUCCUGUAUGUGCACGUCUCUGGCCUUGAUCUCCUCGUCUUUCUCACGCACCAGCUCCUUGAGCUCAUGGUUGGUGAGGUCGAGCUCCUCCUUCUGCUCUGUCAGGGUGGUCUCCAGCGAGUUGAUCUUGUGAAUCAGCUCCUCCUGCAAGGCCUUGUACUGACGCGCCAUGUCUGCCGUCACUGCAUGCACAGACAGACGCACGGAGAGAAAGACGGUCUGUGAAGGGCUCUGUCUACGUGGCUGGUGUCCCCCAUCUCUAACCUGCAAAGGUGUUGUUCUUUUCGUCUUCGAAGUCCUUCUCGAGUUCCUCCACUUUGGCUCUCAGCUGGGCCUCCUCGGCCCUCACGGCCUCGCAUGCCUCCUCCUUGAGCUGCAGCUCACGCUCAAGAAUCAACAGCUGGUUCUCGAGGUCAGCAUUCAACUCCUCCGACGUAAGGGGAACACCCGCCGGCCCCUCGCCUUUGCCCUUCUUGCCUUUCUUCCCGCCUUUCUUCUUCGGGGCCAUCCUAUCUUGCGAGAAACCCACCGCGCAGUAG